AUGAACACAGGAAGGAGAUACAGACUCCCAACAGAAGGCACCCCAGUAAAGUGCAAAUCUUCCUCCAUGAAUACAGAAUACUGCUUUCCAUCAUUAAAUGAUUCCUGUAUAAAAACUACAAGAACAACAAUCACUCGUACUGCUCUGUACAUUUGUGUGAUAAGCUGUAUGUUAACUACAAUAUGUGGAAAUUUAGUGGUUGUUAUUUCAAUCUUCCACUUCAAACAACUCCAUUGUCCUACGAAUGUUCUAGUAUGUUCUUUGGCUGUUGUUGAUUUCCUAGUUGGAUUCCUUAUUAUGCCAUAUAGCAUGAUAAAAUCUAUUGAGUCCUGCUGGUAUUUUGGGGGAGAAUUCUGCAAGGUCCAUACAAGUUUUGAUUUGAUGUUUUGUACCUCUUCAGUGUUUCACCUCUGCUUUAUAGCUAUUGAUAGAUACUAUGCGGUGUGUGAUCCUUUACGUUACUACACAAAAAUUACCUUCUCCACAGUGAUGUGCUUUGUAGCAAUAAGCUGGAUAAUUCCAGCACUUACUUCAUUUGGGAUUAUUCUGUCUCAAGUAAAUUUAGUUGAAACUGCUGAUUACAUUGCAUCAAUCAAUUGCACUGGUCUGUGUGUAAUAUUAUUUGAUAAAAUAUGGACUGUGUUUAAUUGCAUUUUAUUAUUCAUUGCUCCAUCUGCAGUGAUGAUCUGCAUUUAUGUUAAGAUUUAUUUUGUAGCAAAGAGACAUGCUGAAGCUUUUAUGAGCCAUAAUGGUAGAGCAGGAAAUAACAAACUCAACAUCUCAAGUAAGAAUGAAAGGAAAGCAGCAAAGACUCUGAGUAUAGUGAUGGGAAUAUUUAUUAUCUGCUGGCUUCCUACUGUUGUUUUUUGUGUUUCUGAUACUUUUCUGAAUUAUUCUGUACCAUCAGAUUUACUUGAUGCAUCUGUGUGGCUUGCCUAUUUCAAUUCUGGCUUUAAUCCUGUAAUUUAUGGUUUCUUUUAUCCUUGGUUUCGAAAAUCACUUCAUGUAAUAGUAAGUGGUAAAGUAUUUAGUCCCAACUCUUCUACAAUACGACUGUUUCUAGAAAACGUGUGA